AUUAACACUGAAACCGGCCGGCGAAGUUUCUCUCUCCACAUUUUUCAAUCUUCGCCUACAUGCAUAGCACUUUCUCUCUCUUCCGCAGCUCCUCUCCUCCGCCGUGCCGUACAUGGCUAAGCCGAAACUCGUCCGCUGUGCUCUCGAUUCCUACACCGUUAAGAACAUCGGCCAAGUAAUCUGCCGCGGCGAUUGCGUUUUGAUGAGGCCGUCGAUCUCGUCAAAGCCGUCGUACGUGGCGCGCUUGGAGCAGAUCGAGGCGGACGGCCGCGGCGAGAACGUGAGGGUGCAGGUGAGGUGGUAUUACCGGCCGGAGGAGUCGAUCGGAGGCCGAAGGCAGUUCCACGGCUCGAAGGAGGUGUUUUUGUCCGAUCAUUUUGAUAUUCAGAGUGCUGAUACCAUUGAGGGCAAGUGUACGGUGCAUAGCUUCAAGAGCUACACUAAGCUCGACGCCGUUGGGAACGACGACUACUUCUGUCGUUUUGAGUACAAUUCGUCUACUGGUGCCUUCAAUCCUGAUAGAGUCGCCGUGUAUUGUAAAUGUGAGAUGCCUUAUAAUCCUGAUGACCUAAUGAUUCAGUGUGAAGGAUGCAGCGACUGGUUUCAUCCAACUUGUGUUGAGGUGAACCCAGAGGAAGCUGAAAGACUAGAUCAUUUCUACUGUCUUGAUUGUUCCCCUGAAAACAAGAAGAAAUUACAAAAUUCUCGUGUGUCUACUAGAGAAACUGAUGUCAAGGUGGAUACAAAACGCCGACGCAGGUGAUGAGUACAAGAACUUAAUCCACACACUGAAAUUCACAAUGCAAACAAUCUGUGAGGUAAAAGAAAAUCUGAGAGGAGGUAAGAAGUGAACUAGUUGGGAAACUCAUCAUGAAGACCAACUUAUGUCCUCGUAGGGGUUGUCUGUAAACUGUAGUUAUGUAUUGUAGGCUAGCUAGUUGUAUGACGAUCCUUUAACCCCUUUAUACGUAUAUUUGAAGGACUCUUGCUGCACUGACCAA